GUGACGCGAGCUAUGAGGUCGGAGCGCGCGGGGAAAGGCUCUCGUAAAGCACAACGGGGGAAGCCUCCAAGUUGCUCCAGCUGAUCGGCCGUGGUUUGUUUUUUUUCCGCUCUCCAGUGCAAGGCACGCUCCAUUUUAUUACUGUUGGGGGAGCGGGGAGAAAGAAAGGCAGGAAACACACAAGACAGACGAUGGCGCUUCCAAAGAAAGGUGAUUUGAAUGAGGAGGAGAGAGCAUUGCUGGAAGUCAUUGGCAAAGGAAACACUGAAGAAGCUUCAAGACUCCUUGGCAGCAAGACUGUCUGUGUUAAUUGUUUAGAUGAGCAUGGGAUGACCCCUCUAAUGCAUGCAGCAUAUAAAGGUAAAGUUGAUAUAUGCAGACUGUUGUUGCGGCACGGAGCUGAUGUGAACUGCAAUGAUCAUGAACACGGAUAUACCGCCUUAAUGUUUGCUGGACUGUCAGGCAACAAAGACAUAACCUGGAUGAUGUUAGAGGCUGGAGCAGAGAUGGAUGUUGUCAAUUCUGUGGGGAGAACCGCAGCUCAGAUGGCUGCUUUUGUGGGUCAGCAUGACUGUGUAACAGUUAUCAACAAUUUCUUUCCUCGGGAAAAACUAAACUACUACACAAAACCACAAGGACUAGAUAAAGAGCCCAAACUCCCAGUUAAACUAGCUGGACCUCUGCAUAAGAUCAUUACAGCUACUAAUUUGCAUCCUGUUAAGAUUGUGUUGCUGGUGAAAGAAAAUCCUCUUUUGGCAGAAGUUGAGGCAAUGCAGAAAUGCUACAAAGUAUUGGAUCUGAUCUGUGAGAAGUGCAUGAAGCAGAGAGAGAUGAAUGAAGUCCUUGCAAUGAAAAUGCAUUAUAUUAGCUGCAUUUUCAAAAAAUGUAUCCUUUUCCUUAAGGAACGAGAAGACAAAUUGGAUGGAUUAAUCAAAAGCCUGUUAAAAGGCAGAGAGAGAGAUGGUUUUCCAGUUUAUCAAGAGAAGAUCAUCAGAGAAUCUAUUCGGAAAUUUCCUUACUGUGAAGCUACCUUGCUUCAACAGCUUGUGAGAAGCAUUGCUCCUGUUGAAAUUGGUUCUGAUCCUACAGCUUUUUCUGUACUUACACAAGCUGUUACUGGCCAAGUAGGUUUUGUAGAAGCUGAAUUUUGUACAACAUGUGGGGAAAAAGGAGCAGACAAAAGGUGUUCCAUAUGCAAAAUGGUCAUUUACUGUGAUCAGACCUGCCAGAAAAUGCACUGGUUUACCCACAAGAAAUCAUGCGGCACGCUAAAGAAAACUUAUGAGAAGCGGAUGGUAGAAGCAGCCAAAGAAAAAAAUAAAGAUGCAGCACAAACUGCAGAAUCUACUUUAACAAGUGAAGAACAGUUGACCUCUGAACCUCAAACUCAUAAGGACAUGGAAAUAAAAAGUAUAGGAGAUCAAAGUGAAAUGAUUCCCAACAUGAAAACGACUGCGUCAUCUCCAGCAGUUGCUAACUUCCUUGAAGAGGAAACUACUUCAGCAAACAUUGUUAAUGAAAAAAAUCAAGAAUCUGAAGAAUAAAUAAACUGCUUUUUAAAGGAUAUGAUCUAGAUUACAAUCUAUAGACUGUAGGUUUCACAACACUUAGGAGUGCUCAGUGACAUACUGUAUGUUCUACCAUAUGUCAAUUUUUUUGUCAAGUGUAACUGUCCCAGAAUUGUAGAUUGUGAUAAGAGCUUAACCAGCUGGUUAAAAUCAGAAUAGCAUAAACCCAUCUGUUUUUGUUCCUAUAUACCUUACAUACAUUUAAAAAACAGUUGAAAAUAGAUUCAUGUUGUAGUACAAGAAAAGCUUUCUAUUCAGCUAAGCAACUUAAAUUUUGGUGUAAUAAAGAAACUUCCAUAAUCAUAUGGGAUGCAACAACUGAAAUAUAAAUACAUUGAGAUUCCUA